AUGGCAGUCAUAAGCGACGACACAGUCGACGCUACGACAUGCGAAAUCCCGGUGUCGAUUGAGACAUGUGGUUUCGUCUCAAACGGUGCCCUCUGUGGCGAAUAUCUCCGCGCCGGCGAAGAUCUCGAUGCAGUCGACCCCUACAUCCGCACCCUUAUCCGGUCCACCUGGACGCUUCAGCCAUGCUCGAAGGACACGAAGCAGAGAUACACAGCCGAGAAAGCGCACGUGGAAGCUGAAGGACAGAUACUAGACGUAAUCGUCGGAGUGGUCUUUGCAAUGUACGCGCUGGCAUGGAUUAUGGCGUGCUGCUGCGCCUGCCGGCACAGCAGCAAGAAACAGAAGCCGACGGACGUGGAGGCGGGAGCGUCAACUGGAGCACCUGAAGUUGCGGCACGGGAAACCACGUCGGCCAGUUCGACGCAAGAGGAAGAGAACCCCCCGAGCUACACUCAGUAUGAAUCUUUGGAGCUGCAAAAGGUUGCGAAAUGGCGGGAAUAUGUGUCCCACGGUCCUGCAAAGAGUUGCUGUCACUAG